GUUAGCGGUAGAGGGGAGGAGAGGCGGCGGGUUGUUCUGCCGAGGUGGACGUGGCGGGUCCGGCGGAGUUAGCUACCAGCGACGGGCAGCCAUGAACCGGACCACCCGCAGGCUGGUCCCAGUCAGCUGUGGGUGGUGACAUCAGCACGACGCCUCGCCGACCGCUUGUUGGAUUCCCGGAGGAGACUCAGGGACGCGUCCCCGACCUCCCAGCUCCUCCCCUCAGGACGCUCUCUUCAGGAGGAGGAGGAGGAGGAGGAGGAGGAAGGUGGACUCUUUAACCUUCAGGUGUUUGAUCGGACUGCGGUGAGGAGGAUUAGCUCCGCCCCCCUCACCAUGACAGACUUGGAGGCCGAGUGUUUGAGCCUCGGCCUGCCCCCGGAGUGCGGCUCCCCCCCGCCCCUGGAGGUGGACUGCGGCCCGGGGCCCGCCUCCUCCGCCCCGACGCCCACUCUGGCGCUCCUGUCCUCCGACUGCCCCACGCCCACGCUCAGCUCGCUGGCGGCGGAGAUCGCCGAGCCGCUGGUGAUGCUGCCGUGCGUGAAGAGCGAGCCGGAGGACGGGGACCUGGAGCCCAUCCGGACCGUGGACCUGUCCGAGAUCCAGCCGCUCUCCACCGCCGAGCUGGGCCAGGACCAGAUCAAGAUGGAGAUCAGCGGCCUCGACUACAUCAAGUCCGAGCAUCACGGUCACCACGGCAACCACCACCUGGGCCACUUUCACCAUGGCGACGUCGCAGAGCUGGACUACAAAUCCCAGUACGAGCCGAGCUCCGUGUUUGACUACAUCUCCCAGGUGACGGACACUCUGGACUACAUAAAGUCCGACCACCAUGUGGACCUGCAGUGCUACUACACCACAGAAUCCAACAUGGCCGCCCACCUGCAGCACAACGGCCUGGAGUCCAUCCACAUGGCCGAGCUCCGCACCGAGCUCAACAAGCUGCGGCCCGACGCGCUGCUCAUGGACGGCAUCGGCAAACUGGACCCCGAGUUCGGAGGGGGGACGCUGUACGAGCUGCAGCCGGCGGCGGAGGGCAAGACGGCGGCGGAGGUGGCGGCGGCGGUGAACGGGCAGGGCAGCGGCGCCGCCGUCACGAGCAAAACCCAGAGCCCGACGGUGAGGAAGCCUCGCAACAUGCAGGGGGAGAAACCGUUCUCCUGCACGCAGUGCGGCAAGAACUUCAGCACGCUGGGAAACCUCAAGACUCACCAGCGCAUCCACACCGGCGAGCGGCCCUACACCUGCUCGCAGUGCGGCAAGAGCUUCGGACAGGCGGGAAACCUCAAACGACACCAGCUCAUCCACACGGGCCAGAAGCCGUACGUGUGCGCCCACUGCCCCAAAGGCUUCACCAAGGCCGACGACCUGCGCUCGCACCAGCGGCUGCACACCGGCGAGCGCCCGUUCAUCUGCGUCACCUGCGGGAAGAGCUUCAGCCAGUCGAAGGAGCUGAAGGCUCAUCAGCUGAGCCACACGGGCGAGCGGCCGUUCUGCUGCCAGCACUGCGGCAAGAGCUUCAGCAAGGAGACCAGCUACCGCAACCACGUGCAGAUCCACACGGGCGAGAAGCCCUUCACCUGCUCGCAGUGCGGGAAGACUUUCAGCAACUCUGGCGUGCUAAAAACCCACGAGAAGAUCCACUCGGGCGAGCGGCCGUUCGGCUGCACGCAGUGCGGGAAGAGCUUCGGCCGCCUCGGCCACCUGAAGGCCCACCAGCAGAUCCACACGGGGGAGCGGCCGUACGCCUGCCCGCACUGCGGGAAGUCGUUCAGCCAGUCGGGUCACCUCAAAGCGCACGAGCAGAUCCACAAACGAGAGCGAGCGGACACGGCGAGCACCAGCAGCAACGGCAGCAGCACCAUGGGCAGCGACAGUAGCUAGAACAGACUGCGAACCCUUUAAACCUCUCGGACAGACAAAGUAUUAUUCCUCUUUUUUAUAAAUAUAUAUAAAUUGUUUCCUUUUCAGUUUUUCUUACAUUUUCAUACCUUUGUGCUCUUUUGCAUCGUAUACGUGGGCCCGGUGGACCGACUGAUUUGCUCUUAUGCAAGUGUCUGUGUGUGUGUUGAUGUUCUGUGUGUCUGUGGGUGGGUUGUAGAUAAUCUUUGAACUGGUCCGUCUCAGUACCAGUACUUAUUUUGGAGUACUUACUGAUACACAAGCACAAAUACUUCAUUAUGUUUUUAUUACUGAAACAGACCAGCAGCUCCUGAAGAACCAGGACCCGGUUCACGGACCCGGUUCACGGACGCGGUUCACGGACCCGGUUCAGUGACCCGGUUCACGGACGCGGUUCACGGACCCGGUUCAGUGACCCGGUUCACGGACCCGGUUCAAUGACCCGGAUCACGGACGCGGUUCACGGACCCAGGUUCAAUGACCCGGUUCACGGACCCGGUUCACGGACCCGGACCCGUGACCCGGAUCACGGACGCGGUUCACGGACCCGGUUUAGUGACCCGGUUCACGGACCCGGUUCAGUGACCCGGUUCACGGACCCGGUUCACGGACUCGGAUCACGGACCCUGUUCAGUGACCCGGUUCACGGACGUCGUUAUGGCCGUUUCCUACAGAUUGAUGAUUGUUUUUGUCUCAGUCACGUUUGUGGUUCUGAUCGCGCUCCGUCGUUUUCUGGGCUCCUCAUUGACCCGUCAUAAGCCCCGCCCCCUUUUUGCUCUGCGCUCCAAUAGCAGUCGAGCUACUUCCUCCUGUGCGGUACUUACAUAUGCUACAUGCUAAGCUAAAGUUAGCUAGCGCUAUGCUAACAUUAGCUAACCUAAGAUGUGGUUGUCUGUGCAACAUAAAUUAGCUUAGCAUAAAGCAUAUAGCAUAUUAAUAAGUACAGGACAGGAGGAAGUUGACCGAGGCUAGCUCGACUGUGAUUGGAGCAGAGAGCACAAAGGGGGCGGGGCUUAUGACGGUCCGUUAUAAUCCGACUGAUUAAUGAGUUUUCAGUUUUAUUUGUAAAUCAAUAAAUCAAUAAAUCAAUAACAGAAGUUAACUCAGGACACUUUAACAUUUAUUUUAGUUUCAGAAUCAUUUUAAUGUUUAUAGUUUAAAUGUCUGAUAAUAAAAUAUCAGCUGAUACAAACGUAAAUAAUCAUCAAUAAUAUGACUUCUCCUCUUCUCACCGAUCAAUCACCGACCGAUACGUCUGCUGAUCGAACUUAUUGAUCACCUCUGAAAGUAACGCACCGACAGAUAUAAGAACAAUUUAACUCCAGUAUUCUGUAUCAGAUCGAUCUGUUUACAUGUCUGAUGAUAAUAUUCCACUAAUGUUCCUGUUUACACGCAGCUGUACGUUCUGAUUCAGUUAACCCUCAACAACAACAACAACAACAACAACAACAACAACAACAACACUCCCAUUGGUGGGAAGGCAGCAUUAUAUAUUCACUCGUAUCCUCAAACCUGCUGAUAUCAGGACUUUAUAAAGUUCACCAGUCGCUGUGUUUCUGCGUCCUCACAAACAAACAAACAAACAAACAAACAAACAAACAGUUGGCUGGUUGUUUACUGACUGUAAACAACCAGAAUAAUCCCAUCAGUGAGGCCUCGGUAGAGAGAUCCAAUCAGAACAUAACGUUUACGUGAGUCUGAUCACGUGUUGAAUAUUGUGUUCGCACUAAUAUUGAUUAUUGAUUAUUUACUUUGAUCAAUAAAACAACUUGAUAUCAUGAAGAUCAGCUCGUUAAAGUCCGCUCACUCGCUCUAAAUGAAAUGUGGUUUGUUAUAAAGGAGGAAGUGACAGCGGUGUGCACGUGCUCAGUAGGGACCUUAUGUUCUGGUCGGAGCCGCAGUGGAUCAACUUCCUGUCGUGGAAAUAAACGUUUAAUUCAUCCGGAUAUAAAAACACUCUACAGCUGCUUUUCCUCGCACUCGUUCGUCAGAGGCAGAACGAUCAAUUAGCAAAAUAAAAUGACCAAAAUCAGCCAGAAGAACAUCCGGUGAUGGACCGGAUCCCCCGGAACCUGCUGGACUCAACAAAACCCAACGUUCCCCUCGAACAGCGAACGUUGGAACUUUUAUACGUUUACGUUUUAUUGCUUUAAAUCUGACCCGUCAAACACGAUGCUUCUGGGAAACACCCGUUUACUCUCACAACUUCACUUUAACACCAGAAACCAGCUCGGCCUUCAGACCCAGUUGGUGAACCGGGUCCUGGUUCAGAACCUCAGUACGCGACCGCAGUACUUCUGCCAACCGUGAGUCCUCAUCGAGCACUCGCUGCCAGUUUACUAGUGUUCUGCGUACAGGUGUGGGUGCUCGCAGGCGUAAAGCUGUUACUGUAUUAAGAAUCUGAUGCUAUAAUUUUUAUAUUUCUUAGUGACCAGUAUUGAUUAUUGAUCAGGACUCGCCGCAGUGAUCUUUUUUUUGUUGUUGUUGACGAUAAUCUGCUGACGACAUUCCUUACAAUCAUUCCAGUAUUUUCUGAACUCAGUUUUCAGUCUGGUUGGGAUCCGACAGGACCAAAACUCAUCAGCACAACGGAGCCCAACAGCGUCCAGAUCGCUCACUGUGUACAAAUCUUCUAUUGAUUAUGUCAUUCCUACAAAAUAUGAAAAUACACACAAAAAAAAACAGCCGCAAAAAAGACAAAAGUGAUGCAGCAUCUUGUACUGGAAAAGACUUAUUAAAGAAACUAAUGACA